UUAUCUUCUCUCCCACCUCUUGCCUGGUGCCACCCCACCUGUAGCCAUGCGUGAGGUGGAGCCCAUGGCUGACCAUGCCCUUAUGUCUUACUUUCUUUAUCUAUUUAAUGGGGCCAUUUGGUCUAUUGUCGCUCCAUUGUCGAGCAAGAGCAUAAGCAGAGGGAAAGCAGCUCUUUUCAAUCUCCAUACCGACGCAAGCUGUAAACCAGUGCGAAGCCAAAGCCAUCCCCUUUCUUCACCCGUCUUAUCAAGUGUAAACCUAAAAAGUUCACUUUUUGAUCCCUUAACUUCGUUGUCGAUUCGUCCAUCUUCAGAUCUAUAAGAGCCCGUGUUCAGCAUAUCUUUCUAGCGUCCUUCUGUUGCUCUCCGUGUAAUCAAGAUUGCAGAGUUGCUCGCAAAUUUUGCAAAGUUUGGUGUUUUGUAAGGUCAAAAGAUUUGGGAGGCAUUUCUGGCUGGGAUGAGGGAUGUUACCUUUGUUGAUAAACUACCUGUGUACUUGCUGGCGGCCAUCAUCAAAGGAUAAGUUAAAUUUAAGCUCUGAGGCAUUAAGCCGAGCAGAUGGAGCUCUCUGGUACAGGGACUAUGGCCACCAUGCUUAUGGAGAGUUCUCAAUGGCUGUCGUCCAGGCUAACUUUAUGCUUGAGGAUCAGAGCCAGGUUGAGUCUGGUUCUCUGAGCAUGCUCAAUUCUGGUCCUUUUGGGACACUUGUUGGGGUUUAUGAUGGGCAUGGGGGGCCUGAGGUCUCUCGAUACAUCUGUAAUAAUCUGUUCUGCCACAUAAAGAGAUUCGUGAGCGAUCAGAAGUCCAUGUCCGUGGAUGUCUUGAGGAAAGCAAUCCAGGCAACAGAAGACGGCUUCUUAUCUUUAGUAUCUUCAGAGUGGUCACUAAAUCCUCAACUUGCUUCUGUUGGCUCUUGCUGUCUUCUUGGAGUAGUUUGUGAUAAAAAAAUUUACAUCGCUAACCUCGGAGAUUCACGGGCUAUUUUAGGGAGGCUCGUCAGAGCAACUGGAGAGGUUCUGGCUAUGCAAUUAUCGCCCGAGCACAAUGCAUCAGUUGAGUCUGUUAGAAAGGAGCUGCAAUUAUUGCACCCUGAAGAUUCACAGAUUGUUGUACUGAAGCACAAUGUUUGGCGUGUUAAGGGCAUUAUUCAGAUUUCCAGAUCCAUUGGUGAUGCAUACCUUAAAAAGGCAGAAUAUAACAGCGAGCCGUUGCAUGAAAGAUUUCGCCUGCAGGAAACUUUUAAAACACCGAUACUUAGUGCGGAGCCAUCUAUAUCUGUCCAAACCUUGCAUUCUGAUGAUCAAUUUCUUAUUUUUGCGUCUGAUGGGCUGUGGGAGCAGAUUAGCAACGAAGAUGCUGUUAGCAUUGUGCAGAAAAAUCCCCGUCAAGGAAUUGCUCGGAGACUCGUGCUGGCCGCUUUACAAGAAGCAGCAAAUAAGAGGGAGAUCCGAUACUCCGAUAUCAUGAAGAUUGGUCGAGGUGUGCGCCGUCACUUUCAUGAUGAUAUAUCUGUAGUAGUUUUAUAUCUCGACUCCAAUGUUGUAAGCGAAGCAAGCUCAGUUUCUUUAAAAGGGGGAGAAAUCUCCCUUCCUGCAAAUUCGGUCUCUGUUUGCAAUGCCUAUGGAGUUUAGUACCCCUUAAUGAAGGCAAAAUUUUAUGGAGAUUAGUGUAAAUAAGUUUGUGCAAAAGCAAUGCAUUUCAUAUUGUGUAAUGAAUGCUUGCAAGAUAGAUGAAUAGUUAUUAUCAAGUUAUUGCAA